ACAAGUGUUUUUGGCCACCGCUCAAGCAAAAGCAAUCAAAGUUUUUUUUUUACAAAACGAAAUCAGUGAUUGAAUUUUUUUUUGUUUCGUUCGAAAUAUUUGACGAUCAAGUUAAAGAAAAUUAAAUCAAAGUUGAAAUUUUAUUUUGGAAAAAGUUGAAUAGAAAAAAUUUAUCGAUAUAAAAAUGGCAUCAUACGUGAAUUAUCAUCCAACAAAUUAUUUGGACAAUGAAUAUUACGCAUACAAUGGAUACAACACCAACAUGUACAACGGCAUUGUCAACAAAUCCAUGGAACAAACGUACAAGUUAAUGGAUCAAACGUACAUCAAUAAUCCAAACAUGGAACAGUCUUAUCUCGACGAUCAAUUGUCCGAUGGAUUAAAGAGCCCAAAAUCUGAUUCAUCCAUUUACACCAGCUACAGUCCAAAAUCAUCGAAUUAUUACAAUGAUUGUUACAAAACCGAAAUGAUCCCAUCACCAGUAUCGCUGACAUCAAGUGGUUCUAUGGAACAAAUAAAAUACUCACCAGUUCCGGAUUUCUAUACCACGACAUACGAGAUGCAAAACCAAAUCGACACAAAACCAGCAAUCACAGUUCCAAUCAAAGCAACACCCUCAACAUCAUACACAGCCACCGCCACCACCACCACCACUACAAAAGGAGUGAAAAAAGCGAAAAACACCACACCUAAAGUGGCACAAGAUGUUAUGAAGAAACGACGAUUAGCCGCCAAUGCCCGCGAACGUCGAAGAAUGAACAGUCUCAAUGACGCCUAUGAGAAACUACGCGAAGUUUUGCCAAAUUUUGGACCAGACAAGAAACUAUCCAAGUACGAAACGCUCCAAAUGGCUCAGACCUACAUGAACGCGCUUAAGGAUUUACUGCAAUCAUGAUUCCGUUGCACAGUGCAGACAUAGCGUAUAAUCAUCCAAAUUUAGCCAAUUAGAUGUGUCAUAAUUCACAAAGAAAACAAUUUAACAAACAAAAAUUCGUCCCAUUUAAUGUUUUAGUGUUUGUUUAUUUCUUUUAGUCGAUUAAAUUCUAAGUAAGAGAAACGUAUUGAGU